AUGUCAGCUGCCAGCAACCACGGUGGCCAGAGUUUUUCAAAGGAAGAAACUUCUUCUUUAAAGGAGGAACUAGAUGAGGAAAAUGUGAUUUUAACGCUGGUCCCCGUUACAGAGGAAUGCGAGCAACAAAUGGAACCAGAUGUUUGGUCCCCGGCAGAUGUACGAGGAAGUGCAGGUAUCACACCUAUGAGGGCUAGGAAAAGCGAUGCAGUUCACCUUCCACAGAGACAGGAAGAGUUGAAAAACUGCCCCAGAGCCAAGUGUAAGGCCGCAGCCCCUCCCCUGCCGACCUUUCUGCCCCCAGUGAAUGAGGUGUCUCGAAACACCUUGCGGACCUGGUGCCAGCAUUUUAACUUGAGCACCGAUGGCCAGAAAAUAGAGGUCUACUUGCGGCUCCUGAAGCAUGCGUACCCUCAGCAGGAAUGUAAUGUGCCUGGAACACCAAUGGAGGCCAAAUACAGGAAACACAGGGCGGGCCCCAAGAAGAAAUCCAUGAGACGUGAGGGUGCAAGUCUGAAAGAGGAAGCAACUAAUGUAGUUGAAGUGAUGACUUCGGCUACGGAGUCCAUCUUGGCAUCUUGGGCAAGAAUAGCAUCGAGAGUGGGUGAGCCCAAGGCUGUGGCUUCCUGCUCCACACCCAAGUCCACGGAGGCCUUCUUGCCCCAAGCCCCUGGUGUCAGGUGGUGCGUGGUCCACGGUCAGCUUCGCUCUGCAGAUGUGAAGGGCUGGGUUCGCCUGCAGUUCCGCUCAGGCCACACUUGGGUCCCCAAUAGUCCCAAGAAAAUGAUCGCCCUCUUUCUGUUACCAGCCUGCAUCUUCCCAUCCCCCGGCACAGAAGAUAACAUGUUAUGCCCAGAAUGUGUUCAAAGGAAUAAAAAGAUGAUGAAGAAAUUAAUUAUGGGAAAGAGAAAGAGACAUCUUGUAGGAGACCAGAGUACAUCACCCCAACACAUGCCCCCUUAAUCAAUGUUAAAGGGUCAUUUUGAUCUGAAACUGAUUGAGAAGAACCAGGCAAGAAAAGCUUUCUGCCUUUCCACUCUUGUCUACAGAACAGGACAUAAAUAUACUCGCGUCUCCUCCUGUCUCUACCAGGGCAAGUGGUAGAGAACCGUGGAUAGUGACAUGCAUAUGAAUGACUGUCCUAAGAUGGGAUCCUAACCAUCUUUAGCAUCCCUUGGUAUCAGGAGUCAGACUUAUUAAGUACUUACUUAUAUAGAAGCAAUUGGCUCUGGUUUUGUUGUAAUUAAUAUAUACAUAAUAUUUUUUUCUUUUGCUUUCUCUUUUGAGACAGGGUCUUACAUAGUGCUAACAGUCAUGAACUCACUAUGUAGCUGAGGCUGACCUCAAACUAGCAGUGAUCCUCCUGCCUCUGUAGUGCUGGGUUCUAGGUAUAUGCUACCAUGCCUAGGUGUGGCUCAUAAGUAAUUAGAUUUACUUUUCUGCUCUAAAAGCAGAAAAGCUUAGAAGCAAAGCAUGUGCUUCACAUCAGGUUUCAUUCUGAAUGUGUUAUUUACAGUAUUAGAGAUUAAGCUCAGGACCCUUUCUAAAACUAUUAUUGCCACUUGGGGUGGUGUGCACAGGCCUAUAAUCCCAGCCCUCAGGAGGCUGAACUAGUCGGGGUCCUCAGCCCCAGAGGACCCCGACUAGUUCAAGGCUACAUGGUAAACUCAAGACCAGCCUGAAUUACACUGUGAGACUCUGUCUCAAAAAACAUAUCUAUAUAAAAUAAGUAGACAGCAUCUCAUGGAGUAGCCCAGAGUGCCUUAAACCUGUGAUCCUGCUCCCAAGUAGCUGGGACUGUUGCCGUGCAUCCUUGUGUCCAGCCAGUCUGUGAGGUUUGACAAUAUUUGACAACAUGCAGCUAACACAGUAUCAUACAGAAUUGUUUCAUUGCCCUAAAACUCAUCUAGUUUCCUUCCUCAGGGAAGCACAGCUCCUACCAUCUCCAUGGUUUUGUUUCUCUAUAGUGCUGAAUACUUAAAAUUGGACAACAUGUAGUUUUCGACAGUUUUUACCCAGCAAUGUGCAAUUAAUUUCACUUCUGUUGUGAGGACAGGAUCUUGCUACUUAGCCCAGCACAUCCUUGAAUUUCUGAGCCUUUAGCCUCCACCUCCUGAGUGCUGGGAUUGUGAGUGUGCAUCUCCUGCACUUAGCAAGUUUUUUUUGGUCGUAAAGCAAUUUAAAAAUAAUUGCUGAGUAGUAUUCCAUGACCAAGAUGUUCCAGUUUAUGCAUUCAUUUACCUACUAAAGGACAUUUAGGGUGCUUUUGAGGCAUUAUGAAUAAAACUAGGUUGAGAAGCUGACACAGGAGGAUCAUCACAAGUUUGAGGCCAGCUGGGGCUAACUAGUUCAAGGCUAGUUUGGAAACAGCAAAAUCCUGUCUCAAAAACAAGUAAGUAGUGCUUUAAAGAUAUGUGUGCCUGUUUUGGGGGGGAGAGGGGUAUAUAAACUUGAAUAAAUACCAAGAAUUACAGGUUGCUGAUUAAAGGGUGGGAGUACAUUUAUCUUUGUUAGAAGUUGUCAGAUUGCUUUGCACAAUGACUCCAGGGGCCGGGGAUGUGGCUCAGCUGCAGAGCACUUGACUACCAGUGUAAAACCCCAGGUUUGAUCCCAGCCACCACAAAAACCAAAAUGAGUGAUUUUUGCUUCACAUAUUCAUCUGCACAUCGUAGAACACGUGCAGCCAUAUUUCAUUGUUUUAGUUUCCAGUUGUCGAAUGACAUAAUAGCAGGGGAGGAGGAAGUCUUAACAAGUUUUCCCAUAAACUGGCAGUUAAAACUAGAAGCUUUCUUUAGAACUUUUGGCAAGAACAGGCCACACACAGAUGGAGCACUCCACACUA